AUGGGAAACCACGACAUCAGCGAAGAUGCUUGUCUUGACUGGCUGAAUGCAGAGCCCUCUCAUAUGAAAGAGGAAGAGGAGAAAAAAGAGGAGCAGUGCCCCUACAUCAAAAAAGUGAAGGAGGAGCCGGAGCAUCCUCGUGUGAAAGAGGAGGGCGAUAAGCCCCCCUACAUCAAAGAGGAGGAGGAUAUCUGCAAGUUGCCAUCACCUGGUGUCCCCUUGAAAAGUGAAGAUGAAGAUCAAAGUGAUGCUAACAGAGUGGCGGAGCCUCUAAGCAGCAGAUUCAAAUACAAUGACAUCAGCAAAGAUGCUUUUCCUGAGCGGCUGGAUUCAGAUCCUUCUCAAUUUAAAGAAGAAGAGGAACAGCAGGCCCUUUACAUGAAAAAAGAGGAGGAGCCAGAGCACCCUUGCACGAAAGAUGGUGACAACACAUCAUCAACUGUUGAUGAAGAUCAGGAUGAAGAGUCUGAUGGUGAUCUGACAUCUCACACUGACAACAAACCCUGGAAAUGUUCUCGGUGUGGGAAGAUGUUUACUUGUAGGAGUGCUUUGAAAACACAUGUGAGAACCUGCACAGGUGAGAAACCUCUUGCCUGCUCAGACUAUGGCCGGAAAUUCUCUCAGAAGGGAUACUUAAGAAAGCACGUCAGAACUGACACUGGUGAGAAACCUUUUGCCUGUUCAGAUUGUGGGCGAAGAUUCUCUCUGAAGGGAAGCUUAAAAAGGCACACAAGUGUCCACACUGGUGAGAAACCCUUUGGCUGUUCAGAUUGUGGGCGAAGAUUCUCUCUGAAGGGAGACUUAAAAACGCACGUCAGAACUCACACUGGUGAAAAACCUUUUGCCUGUUCAGAUUGUGGCCUAAGAUUCUCUCAGGGGGGAAGCUUAAGAAGGCACACAAUUGUCCACACUGGUGAGAAACCCUUUGGCUGUUCAGAUUGUGGGCAAAGAUUCUCUGUGAAGGGAGACUUAAAAAUGCACGUCAGAACUCACACUGGUGAGAAACCUUUUGCCUGUUCAUAUUGUGGCCUAAGAUUCUCUCGGAAGGGAAGCUUAAGAAGGCACACAAGUGUCCACACUGGUGAGAAACCCUUUGGCUGUUCAGAUUGUGGGCGAAGAUUCUCUCUGAAGGGAGACUUAAAAAAUCACGUCAGAACUCACACUGGUGAGAAACCCUUUGGCUGUUCAGAUUGUGGGCGAAGAUUCUCUCUGAAGGGAGACUUAAAAGACGGGAAGCUUAAAUUAUCACAAAAGAACCCACACUGGUGAGGAACCGUUUGCCCAUUCAGAUUUUGCCCAAAGAUUGUCUCACAAGGGAAUCUUAAAAAUACAUGCUUCAACUCGCACUGCUGACAAACCUUUUUCCUGCUUAGCUUGUGGGUGAACAU